AUGCCUGCUAUUAAGAAGAAGUGGAUUAAAGCCAGCCAGGAUGGUGUGGCUACUACACCAGAUGAUGAUAAUGAUGAUGUCCUUGGUGACGAUGACAAAGACCGUGGAAGCGUUGUUGAAAAUGUCAGUUCAGUACCAUCUAAGCCUAAGAAACGACCAGCUCAGUUAUCGCAACAGCACAAUUUGUUGCGAGGACUGGACGCAGAAGUUCUCUCAGAGAAGCGGAAGCGUUUCACGCCUCCAUCAGAGCUAAAACUCUCAGAAUGGUUGGACAACAAUUUAGAGAAACGCACAGAGGAGACUCUCUAUCUGCCACAUCUUUACAAAUAUUACACAGAGCUAUGCCAGGCUGAUGGGUCUGACAUCUUGGAUGUUCCAGAGUUCAACAGAAUGGUAAAGGAGAAGUUUGGAAAAUCCUUUGGAGUCAAGGAAACGUCAGUGUACAAGACUCUCAUUAAGGAGAGAAAGCUCAACCAGGAGAAGAAGAAAACAGGAUCAGGCAUCAAACUGAAGGAAAUUGUUCACGAGGCUAUCAACCAUUUUGGAAAUCCCUGGAGCGGUGUGAGAUUCUUUGCCCUGAAGCAAUAUAUAGGCACCAAGUACCCUGCACUCCAGAUUGAUCUGAGGCCAAAAUUACUCAAAAGAGCAUUGGAGAUGGGUGUGCAGUAUGGGCAGAUUGAUUUGGUGAAAGGAAUAGGUAUGGCAGGUUUUUAUAAACUUCCUGGAGGAGAACCACCACCUAAGACAAAGCCCAAAUCUAAAAAGGAGGAAGGAGAUGAGAAGAGUGCAGAUGAUAGUGAGACGAAAGCUCCUGAAAGUGCAGAAGAAGAUAAACCGGAAGACUCAACAGAAAAUGGAGAGAAAAAAGACUCCAGUGAAGAAACCAAAAAGAAGAAAAAGCACAAACACAAAAAGGCAGAAAAGAUCAGCUUGUCUAAGCUGCACCAUGGGAAUCCAGAGAAAAUGGAGGAUAUAUUCCCCCUUGCCAUCACUUAUCAGUCAGCCCCCAAAGCAGCAUCUUUGCCAAAAAUAAGGAAAUACAUACAGGAGAAGUAUGGAGAAACGGUGCCGGAUACCAGAUGGCGUAAAGCUGUAGACAGUGGGGCUGAGAGAGGCUACUGGGAGCAUGUAUCCGGCUCUGGAAUCACAGGCUCUGUGCAUCUUCUGAUGGAUGAUUUCAAUCCAGCAUCUGAGCAGAUUGAAGAUAGGAUCUGCGCUGCUGUAAUUGCAUGUCAUGAGCCAAAGUCAGCAUCAGCCAAUCAGAUCAAGAAAUAUAUCUCCCAGUAUCACCCUGACUUCAAAGUGGAUGAAAGGCCAGAUAAGUUUAAGAAAGCCCUGCUACGAGCUGUCUCCAAAAAUAUGAUUGUGCAGCUGAGUGGACUUGGCGCCAAUGGAUCAUUUCAGCUGACAUCUAUCUUCACACCCUCCCCAGCAAUAUUGGCAGGCGAAGAUGACGCAUCUGAGGAGGAGGGCUACGAUUCCGAUGAUGAGCCGACAUACGUCCCGAGAGGAACAAAGUCUAGAGGUGUCCCUAAACUCAAAGCUGCGGCAGCUGUCACUGUCUCUCAAAAAUCUGUGAAAAGCAAAGUGCAGAAGAAGCCAGCUGCAAGCAACAGGGGCAGAGCUAGACCUGCUGUCAGUUCAUACACUGAGUCAUCAGAUGAAGAAUCAGAGAAACCUGUUAAGAAGCAGAAGAAAUCCCCAAAGGGAGAGAAGAAACUGGCCAGAGCCGCUUCAAAUAAACCAGUUGAUUAUUAUUUGUCAUCGGAUGAAGAGGUGCAGCCGGAAUAUGCCCCAAGAAAAUCUCUGGCGACUGGCGGCUCAAGGAGGAAUGCAACACCAGCGAAAGUAAGCAAGAAGAAGGCAGCUAAGUCCAGUAAAGUAAAAACACCCAGGUCUACUAGAAAAGCAGAUUCUUCUGAUGAGGAGAAACCUUCCAGUAACUUGGACAAAGCAAGUAAAUCUUCGUAUUCUUCAGAUGAAGAAAAGUCACCACCAAGUAAGGCCACGCCAAAUAAGUCCUCCAGAAAAGUAGCUUCUAUUGUGAAAGAAGAUCCUUCCCCGGCAGCAGAUAAAAAACAAACUCCAAAAUCUAGCAAAAAGCCAGUAGCUAAGCCACUAACUUCUCCACCGAAAAGUCAAAAGUCCGCCAAGACUACCAAAGAGGCAGCUCCUUUAAAGAAAAAGACGUCUGUGGACAGUGGUGAAGAAGAUGCAGAUAGUGAGCUAGAGCUGGAGUAUACACCUCGUAAAUCCAAGUCUCGUGGAGGAGAAAAAGGUGGAAGUGCAGAUGAUACCAGAAAGCCAGCAAAGAAAGCCAAGGGCAAGAAGUCCAAGUCCCGAAAGUAA